AUGUCUCUAUUACGAUGUAUACCACGCUCUGCUCGGCCAGUCUCCAGAGCCUUCAGACCCAUAUCAACCUCUAUGCCCCGCACCUUCCCAAAUCCUCACUCGAAUGAGAAUGCCUCAGAAUGGCAAGAAUCACAAAAGUCCAAGCCCGAUGGGCCACAUAUGACCAAUACCAACUCUACCAUUGCCAAUGAGAUGCCAAGUGUAGGUGCCGAUAAGGCACCGCCUGAGCUCCUCACCUCCGUCGACCCAGAUUUCGUGCCAAAAGAUUCGAUCCCGGAGAACACCGAGCGUAUGAUGGCGGGGGCUCAGAAGGGUGCGCCCGAGAGCGGCGUCAAUGCGGAGCUUGAGGUGGGCGAGAUGGAGGGAGCAAGUUUCAAGGUGGAGCCACUGAGGCGGACUGGCGAAGAUGGCAACACCAUGCGCGCUAGGUUGUUAUAUCAGAGCCGCAAGAGGGGAACCCUCGAAAGUGAUCUCCUCCUCUCCACCUUCGCUGACACCAACCUCCCCCGCAUGACCACGAAGCAGCUCCAACAAUACGACCUCUUCCUCGAUGAGAACGACUGGGAUAUCUACUAUUGGGCUACACAAGAACCGACACCAACAUCCCGUGAGACCGCAGAAGGUGGCGACUCGGACUCGUCUACACCGGCUGCUCAAGGCAAAGCCAUGGAUAAGUCUGAGACGGACGAGUGGAGACAAGGCGCACCUAGAAGCGGUGAAUGGGCUCAAACUGUUGGCACGUUCAAGCCUGCGUACAGACCUGUGCCACAGCGGUGGCAGAAUAGUGAGAUUCUAGCAAUGUUGAGGAAGCAUGUCAUUGAUCGGAGCGCUGGUGGCGUUCAUGAGGAACCGAACGCGAAGGUGGAGGGCAAGGGACUGGAACAAAGCGUGAAAGGGACUGGCGGAGGUGGACUGGGCAGGAUGCCAGAAGUUCAGAAUUUCGAUAUCUGA